AUGAGGCCAGGUGACACAGCUGCGCUCCUGGCGCUGGCGUCCACAGCCGUAGCAGACGUUGUCACAAUACCAGUGGCCAGAAGUCCAGCCAAGUCCGUCCAGAAGAGAAACCCUCGACUCAGCAAGCGCGCCACCCUCACCGAGUCUCUGGUCAACAACAUCACCGAGGGCGGCUACUAUGCGACGGUCUCGGUGGGCACACCCGGGCAGACCCUGACCAUGGUCCUCGACACAGGGAGCAGUGAUGCGUUUGUCAUCUCUGCCGAUGCCGACCUGUGCACGGAGAAGAAGCUGCAGGUCGUCGACCAGGAGACCUGUGGGGCGACGUACAACGCCUCCGAGAGCUCGACGUACAAGGACCUCAUACCUGGCGGGUUCGAGAUCGAGUAUGCCGACGGGACCACCGCGGCGGGCGACUAUAUUACGGAUGACUUCUUGAUUGGCGGCAAGACGGUCAAGAACCUGCAGAUGGGCCUGGCCGACAAGACGGCCGUGGGCACUGGCGUUCUGGGCAUCGGGUUUGAGCUGAACGAGGCGGCCCAGGCGGUCUACUCGAACCUGGUGGUGUCCAUGGUGAACCAGAGCGUUGUGAGCACCAUGGCCUACUCGCUCUACCUGAAUGAUUAUUACUCCUCGACGGGGAACAUCCUGUUCGGAGGAGUGGACACGGAAAAGUUCAUUGGCGACCUUGUCGUCGUGCCCAUCCUGCCAGACGCCGAGUCCAAGAACUACAGCAGCUUCACGGUCGGCCUGACGGGCCUCUCGUUUGCCUCGUCCAACGGCACAACCUACAACCAGAGCCUGUCCGACGACGAUGGCAGCCUCGACUCCAUCCUCGACUCCGGGACCACCCUCAGCUACCUCCCUGAUGACAUCGCCACGUCCCUCUUCUCCGCCGUCGGCGCCUACGAGUACACCGAGCUCGGAUCCAGCCUGGCCCUCGUGGACUGCAGCCUCGACGUCGAAUUCACCUUCCGCAUCAACAGCACUGCGUCUAUCGUCGUCCCCCGCGACGAGCUCGUCUUGGACGUCAUCUCGGGGGACGAGGUGCCCACCUCCAUCCCCUUUGCCAACCCGUGCCUGUUUGGCAUCCAGAACAUCGGCGACGAAUCUGACGAGUCUGGUGGUGGCGGCGGCGGCGGGCCGGAAGGGACAGGAAGCGCGGCGCGGCAGGCCGAGUAUGCAAUCCUGGGCGACUCGUUCCUGAGGAGCGCCUAUGUCGUCUACGACCUGGACAACCUGCAGAUCGGCCUGGCGCAGGCCAACCUGAACAGCACGAGCACCAACGUGCAGGCCCUCAGCGCGGGGGAGUCGAGCAUGCCGGCCUUUAGCGGUGUGGCGAGCCAGUCCGCGAGUAGCAGUAGCAGUAGUGGUACGUCGACUUCCACCACCGGGACGAGCACAACGGGGACGAGCAGCGGAACGACCUCGACUAAGAAAUCAGCCGCCAUGGGUCGCAGCCCACCUACAUACGAAGGUCUCAUGAGCGUUGUCGGGAUUACGCUUGCAUUUGCCAUGUCGGGAGGCCUUCUUUUCUGGCUGUAG